AUGGUGAAACAAAAAUCCACAACAACAACGUCGACACAGAGGGCUACUAGGUCCUCCUCUAAGGUAGCAGAAGGAGCGAAUCAGACGGGUGAUCCCGGAGACCAGGGGGGUAUCCUAAUCGAUAACGACACUUCCUUUCACGAAGAGAUCGAGGGACACAAAUCGGACGUCAGCAAUGGUGGGAGUGAGAGAGGAGAAGACAGCGGAAGGGGAGUUGAUGAAGCAGGGUUGGAUCACAUACCGGAAGGAGAAGAGCAAGAACCAUCGAGGGAACCGAUCAAACUGGUUCUGAAGAACGGUCGAUUCGUUAACUUGAAUCAGCUUCAAGAUGGUCCGGAAGGUGACUCGUCGUCAGAAGACUCAGAGCCAAUGUCCUACUCCGCCCCAAAAGGGAAGUCAAGCAGCUCGAAAAAGAAGGACAAGGCGGGAAAAGGGAAAUCCUCCGAGCGCGUGGCGUGGCUGGAGGAAAUCGUGAGAGAGGUGAAGUCAGGCCACUUGAACCGAGUGAGACCCCUUCAGAAGCGCUUUUACGACAAGUACGGCGAUAAUGAACCCCGCCCGUCGUCGAAAAAGGAUAAAGAGAAGAGAGCGAAACGGAGUAAAUUGAAAGAGUCAUCCUCCAAGUCUAGGAAGAGAGAGAAAUCUCACAAGAAGAAGAAAGGCAAGAGGAAGCCUUCUUCCGACUCUUCUUCCUCUAGUUCAGACUCAGACUCGUCUAGCAAUUUUUCGGACUCGGAUUCUCCGGCUCCUCUUCACGCCCAGUCCUCGGACUCCUCAAACUCUGAUUUGUCCGAUUCCUCCUCCUCGUUGAGUCCUUCCAGGAACAAACCAAAGUCAAAGAAGGUCAACUUCAGAGAGAUGAAGAACACUGGAGGAGUCGUAAUAGGAAUAGGGGAAGAGGGCAGAAAGGCGCUUACCAAGGAGAGGGAGAGCAGAGCCAAGGCGCUCAGAGGCCGUUCGUUGUCCUUAUUCAGGGCUGUGCGGAAGAGAUUAGCUGAGUCUGAUGAUUGGCCAAAAUCUCUUCACGUGUUCGACAGAUCAAGCGUCAACUUCACGGGCACCGGCAGGUCAGAGCACCACCCCAGUAGUGGAACCGAAGGGUAG